GUUGUCAGAGUUGAAGGUCUAUUUCUAAAGGAUAAAUUGAAGAGUGGGGGUGGUUGUUUUUUUUUAAAUUUAAGAUGCUAGCAGUUGAUCUUCAGAUUCUUCUUGUAAUAAUUUUGGGGACUUCUGAUUGCCAGAUAAUCCCCAGGAUUGAAAAAUGUGGACUCUCAUGUUCUCAGGGCUUUCAUUGUAAAAGCAAACCUUCCACUGGUAUUUUUAACAGUUUCUGCCGUGAUGCUCCUGCCUCUUUAUCUUCUACCGUAUUGAAAAGCAUGAAACUCUCAACAGCGAUGAAGUGUGUACAGGGAAGCCAAUGCUCUCUUCACUUAAGCAUUAAAGCGACCCUGAAUCUUGAUGAAAAUAUUCGUGGUCUGGAAAUCUGUUCUCUCUCAGUGGAGAUGCAGCACUCUCAGUGUGUGAAUGUGAGAUUUUCUAGAAAAACAAGCAACAAGCUUCUUGGAAGGAAGGUGCAUGUGCAGUUUAAUUGCUUUGAAGUCAAUGUAGCACAACACAUCUAUGUGACCAUGAAAACAAUACCAAAUUACUGUGAAGUCAAGUUGAGUCAGGAGUACUAUGUUGAAGAUUGCAGGAACAAUGAUGUGGGAAAACAUAUUCCAGUCUGUUUUGCUGGGAAGUUGGAUUAUAAUGUGGACAGGGCGAGGAAAACCAUAUCUGUGAAUGUAUCAGACUUUCUUCAAGACCAAGACUAUUAUGUUCGUUUAUGUCACAAAUGGUUUACCUGUGAAGACGUGGGGUCAUUUGCUUUGAUAAAAGGGAAGGAGUCUUUGAAGUCAACUUCCUUGCAAUAUUCCCAGUUACUGCCUUGUCUCUGCAUUGAGGGUUGGUCGGCGAUCCCAGAUGCAAGGAGGACACAACUUUGCCCUUUUAAAAAUGAUACAAAGGCACUGUGGGAUAACAUUGUAUAUAAUCCAGCCACACAAACACUAGCCUGGGAACCAGCCUGUCCUGUGCACGUCACUGUUAACCUGUGCAGGUUAACAAAGUCGAAUGACCAAUGUGUAGAUCUACAAAACUCAUCAACUACAGCUCCAGAGAAACAGGUAAAAUAUUCCCGCGUAGACACUCAUCCAAGACUUUGCAUGAAGUUUACAACCAAGCAAGGCUCUUGGGUUAGAUGCCCAUUUGCUCGUGGGAAUUUCCCAGCUUGGAAAAUGAGAAUUGCUGCCGGGGCAGAACAGAUACAAGUCUCCUUCAUGUCACAAACCAAAGCACAAUUUUCAGUGCUGGUGUGUAACAAGGCACAGCUGUCUUCAUGUGACUCUGUUGGGAUACGCCACUCAGUCUCAGCGGGUGACUCUCAUCCCACAUCUGUCAAUAUUUCAGGUGAAAUAUGUGGCUCACAAGUUUGCAUUCAGGGCUGGAGGACAGAUGUAGAUUAUUCUGUUCCACUACAGAUCUGUGAUAUCCAAUGCACAUUAUCUUCCCGGAGUCAAGAAGAUGAUGAAAACUCCAUAAGGAUCAUGUUGCUGACAGCAAUCAUUUUAAUCCUGGUGACAAUGAUGGCUCUCCUUGGACAUAAAAUUUUAACAGUUUUUCACAGAAAGAAGCAUGAAGGCAGAAGUCCAGUACAGAUCAUAAGGCAGAGUUUUUCCACUAGAGUGAAGAGUACCUCUUCCUUGCAUUGAUGAUGGCGGCUGGUGAAUUUAGCAGAACUCUUUCAAGAUCCUCAACAUCCUUCUCAAUAUCAGGUUGACUUUACAUGUUACUUGCAAACCCUUGUACACACGAGUAGUCCGUUCUCAUGCAAACAGACUUUGGUAGGAUUAUUCACAAGUGUAAAAGGCUUUACAAGCUCAGAGUGUAACAUUUUAACUUCUUCAAAUGAGGGAGUAUCACAUAGUCUGUUUGCCUAUAUCUCAAGAACAGAAAAGGUUGGUUAGAUCAUGUGGGUAGAGAAUCUGGCCCACAUUUUCCUGUGAAAUGAAUGGUUUAUUUAAGAUGCCAGAAGUGGGCAGGUUUCGCACUCCAGUUGCUGUAGUAUGGGUACUUCAAGAUUUACACAUUCUUCCUUUUAAAUCUUCCUUUUAAAACCAUAAACCUGAAUUACUAAGAGGUAUGGAAUGGAAGAGAUUUUAUAUAAACCUCUAGUGAACUGAACCAUAGCUUUCUUUAUUUUCUGAAGCCUUUCUGAUAAUGUUAGAGCAUUGUGGCAAAUCUUGCCAUAGACAGACUUGUAUCCCUGAAAUUCUUCUCAGGUCUAUCUAAUAACUGCAUUCAGUAUUUUAUAUAUUGUAUUUCUUUGAGCCAAAGGCAUUUUUCCUUUUGUUUUAUUUUCUGGAAAAAAUGGAAACAUCUUCAUAGCUUUGUUAAAUAAUUAAAAUGACAAUGUACAUUUCCUCUCUAAGGAACUAGAUCCUCCUCCCAUUAAGUUAAUGGGAAAACCCCCAUUGACUUCAAAGAGAAGCAGAUCAGGCUUCUGGUUUCUUGGUUGUUUAAAACUCUUACAUGAAAUAUAGUUCUUAAGAAAAGUAUUUUGUCAACAUAAUGAAUUGAAGUGUUUUUGUCUUGUAUUAUAAUGCCAAUAUUUAUACUUGCAACUGAAAAUAAUACCACACACUAUACAAAAUG